CUGCGGAUUUAGGCUCUGCUUCUGGCCCAAUCUCUGCUUCUUCUCAUUUUCCGCACAUUCCGAUCAUUCUGAAUGUCAACAGCCCGCCGGAGUUUCUCUACAGUUCUAACUAUGUCUCAUUCUUUCAUAAACAGACCGGUUCAUAACGUACUUAACCGAGUGCUUACUAUUCCAACUCCAGUUCACCAUCGGUCAAUUUCGACAUUGGCUUUCAAUGAAGUCCGGUCAUCCCCAGACCGGCAAUGCACUUCCACAGCUUUCGUUCUUCACGGCCUCUUAGGCUCCGGUCGCAAUUGGCGUUCCUUCUCUCGCUCUCUCCUGUCCUCUCUCCCCCCUGAAUGGAGGAUGGUUCUGGUAGACCUUAGAAAUCACGGUGGGUCGGCAGAGAUUGGAGGCUUUGAACCGCCUCACACGAUGGAAAAUGCUGCGAAUGAUGUGGCCAAUUUGAUCCAAUCUCAAGGCUGGGAUUGGCCUGAUGUGGUUAUUGGCCACUCAAUGGGCGGCAAGGUCUCCAUGCAGUUUGCUCAGAGCUGUUCUCGCGGUGAUUAUGGCCAAUCAGCUCAAUUGCCAAAGCAGGUAUGGAUUUUGGACUCAGUUCCUGGAAAAGUGGGCCGUGACAACAGUGAUGGAGAAGUUGAGAAAGUUCUGCACACCUUGAAGGGAUUACCUUCAUCUAUACCCUCACGGAAGUGGUUGGUAGAUUCCUUGCUGAAACUUGGGUUUUCAAAGGCGUUAUCAGAAUGGCUGGGCAGUAAUCUCAAGAAAUCGGGAGAUGAAUUAACUUGGACAUUCGAUUUAGAUGCAGCUUUCCAAAUGUUUAAUUCUUACUGGGAGACUGAUUAUUGGCCUUUAUUGGAGCAUCCACCCAAAGGUACAGAGAUAUCUAUCGUUCGUGCAGACAAAAGUGAUCGGUGGGAGGAAGAGGUCAUCAAACGGCUGGAAAGCCUUGCCAGCAGAAAUACCAAUGAAGGUGAAGGCAGGUUCUCAUAUCAUGUUCUUCCUGAUUCUGGGCAUUGGGUUCAUGUUGAUAAUCCCCAGGGACUCCUUCAUAUUGUGGCUCCGAAACUGUCCACUCUGGUUUAGCCAUACACCCUCAGAUCUAUAUCCUGAUUUGCUAUUUUUGUGAUUCAUUCCUGGAAAACUGGAAGGAAUUAUUUUAUUCUUUUAGGCUAUGUUUGGAACCUGGACAAUACUAGGGAAAUAAAAUGAAAUGCUGAGGAAAGUUAUUUUCUUAUGUUUGAUUUUAUUUUAAAAAAUGAAUAUCAUAUUGCUCCUAAAGAAGUUUACAUCAGGGUUGAGGGGUGGCUUGCAUUGAAGUUAUUCCUUCACAAAGGAUUUAUUUUUAAAGGUUUUUCCUAAAGUAUUUCAUGGAGAAUGUAAUUUGCUACAUUUGAGAUUUUGGUGUUAUUUGAUUGUGGGUGACUGUGUGCUACUUAAUUUGUAAACUUGUUCUAGAACUUUUGGUUUUCUGUAGCUCAAACAAUGUUUUGAUUUUUUGUUUUGAAUGUUUUCCUACAUUAUGGUGCUACUGAUUUUUUAGUACGAG